UACCGGUUUGCGCCUCUCAAAUGCCCCUCACCACUUCUCUCCCUCCCUCCCUUCCUUCCUUCAUGAAUUGAAUUCUAAUUUCUCAAUUAAAACGGAUGACUUGUUGAUGUCAGUCCCACAUUCCCAGCACCGGAAAACAACGACCUUGCACCCACUCUCACCCCCUCUUUCGCUAUUUUUAUACACUCUCUUCAGUGUGUUAAUCAAGUCUCCCCAAUCUCUCACCAUUACCAUUCCUCCUCAUUCUCUCUCUCUCUCUCUGAUCUCUCUCUCUGUGUGCCUGAAAGGAAGAAGAAAAAAGAAAUGAAGAAAAUCAACAUGAUACUGAGGAAGUGCAAGAGCCUGUCAAGGCAACUGGGGAGAUCUUCUUCAUACAGCAGCUUACGGUCCAAAUCAACAAGGGAAGAAUUAUGGAAUGGUGACAUGCAAGAUGAUGACGAACAUCACAAAACUGUAUUCGUGGGAAGCACCAGAAAGCGAUACGUGAUUAGCUCCAAGUACCUUAGCCAUCCUCUUAUAGAUGCCCUCAUCGACAAAACCAAGCACAAGACUUCUUCAGGGGAUGAUAUUUUGGUGGUCAGGUGUGAGGUGGUUCUAUUCGACCAUCUCUUAUGGAUGCUUGAGAAUGCAGACCCAAAUCUCAGCUCCGAGUGCUUGCAGGAAUUGGCUGAGCUCUAUGUUUUCUGAGGCCCCUAAUGCUUGAGGUCUGGUGUUCAGGGACAGAAGCAUACUGGGGUUCAUCUCAGGUUGUGGCUUUUGCAUCUGAGAAUUGUAAGUGCAUGCAUGGCUCAUUUCUUCUUCUUCUUCCUGAUGCAUAUGAUUGAUUUCUGUCAUAACUCCUUGGGAAAUUGACAGACCCAACACAUGAUCCAUGAGUUUCUGUUGUUCCAUUCCAUGAUUCUUUAUCCUUAAAUGUAAGUUAAUAAAUACAAAUUAAUCAAAACAUGCCUUGUAUUUAGAUAGUUUUUUGUUUCCUUUUUUAGACAUCCUUAAAUUUUGAGUAUUAAUUGGAGGGGGAGCACUUGGAAUUAAUCCAUUAUUUAUAACUUUUAUCCAUUUUCUUUAAUUAAAAACACAGUGACAAUGAUGAGUCUUAUUGGUACGUGAAAAUUAAUUUUCAAAACAAAAAAGUUAGGUACAAUUAAAGGUGUAUUCCAUAGGCAAGAUCUGGAUCUGCCCAAAAUGUUUGUUCAUUUAGGAAGGUAGCAGCACAUAUAGUGAUCAUGGCAACCCCGCUGGCCGGGGCCAGCCACUUUGCAGUUUUCAUAAUCUACCAGGGGACAUGGAGGAACUAAAGUUGAAGAUGGGCGUGCAUUGGAGUUCGAUAUAGACGGUAUACCAUGUUAGCUGUUUACAACUUACGAGGGUCCUAGGAUCAAUCACAACGCAUGAAUACAGUCAAGUUUCAGAGAGAGAGAGAGACAGACGAAUCAUCCAUAAUAAGAUGUGUUAUGACGAUUAUAAGUAGACUAUCAUGCCUUGGAACCCAUUUCAAGAAAGCUAGCUGGAGCACACGGAUCAAGAUCUCCCAACAAGUUUUUGUCUUAACUUUAAGGUAUAAAGUCAGAUAUAUACACAAUAAAUACGCGUAACAAUAUUUAUUUGGUGUUGUCCGCCAAUACUCACGCAUAUAGCUGUAGAUAUCAUAUAAUCCACUAUAUAUAUAUCUCUCUCUCACUUUAGUCAUAAUAUUCAUACA